UAAAAAAAUUGAGCUUCUCUACGACUAAAAGACGCCGGGUGUUUCACUAAUGGAGCUUCUAGGGUUUUAGCAAAUUUUCUAACCUGGUGGUGGGUUUUGAUUUUUUGAGUUUCCAGAGAAGUUUUAGUAGCAAGAAGCUGAGAUAUGGAGCACGGUUCAAUCACCAAUAACAGCCACGCUACGUUUACUCUUACAGAAGAAGACCACACACUUGCUAACGCUGUUCGAUUCGUGCUAAACCAAGAUCCGAGAGUGACCGUGGGUGCAUACACCAUCCCGCAUCCUUCCCAUGAGAAGGUCAAUAUCCGAGUCCAGACAACAGGCGAUCCAGCGAGUGAAGUAUUCAAAGAUGCAUGUCAAGAGCUAAUGCAAAUAAACAGACAUGUGAGAAGCGUUUUUGAUAAAGCUGUUACUGCGUAUAAGGCUGAAGAAGAGCGUAAGGCAAAGGAGGCUGAAGAAGAGCUUAAGAGGCAGAGAGAACUAUUUGGAUCCAUGGACAUUGAAAGCAACUGAUUUUAUAAACUACACAAUUGUAAUCUCAAUUAAGUACUGUUUUGACUUUUGAUCUUAAAUCCAGAUUUAUCCUUUAAAUAUAUAAAAUUGACUCCUCGA